AUGGAGGGGAUUGAGGAGAUGGAGGGGGCUGAGGGGAUGGAGGGGACUGAGGGGAUGGAGGGGGCUGAGGGGAUGGAGGGGGCUGAGGCGAUGAAGGGAGCUGAGGCAAUGGAGGGGGCUGAGGGGAUGGAGGGGGCUGAGGGGAUGAAGGGAGCUGAGGCAAUGGAGGGGGCUGAGGGGAUGGAGGGGGCUGAGGCGAUGGAGGGGGCUGAGGGGAUGGAGGGGGCUGAGGCUAUGGAGGGGAUUGAGGAGAUGGAGGGGGCUGAGGGGAUGGAGGGGGCUGAGGCGAUGGAGGGGGCUGAGGGGAUGGAGGGGGCUGAGGCGAUGGAGGGGGCUGAGGGGAUGAAGGGAGCUGAGGCAAUGGAGGGGGCUGAGGGGAUGGAGGGGGCUGAGGCAAUGGAGGGGGCUGAGGCGAUGGAGGGGGGCUGA